GUGACGUAGCAGCACAUCUGGACUGAUGGAGCACAGCUGGUAACUGGAGUGGCUUAGGCUGGCUCUACCGGGUCCUGGCCCUGCAGGUGGAGGGGUAGGGGAGGUGAUUCAGUGCUGAAAGAGGACAAAGCGCUCCCAGCCAGCUCAGCGGAGAAGCAGCGCUGUGGGACAGGCGGCUUUGUGUGCUCCUGGUUCUGGAAAGCGAGGGCUUGUCCGAGCACACCAGCAUGCUGCUGAGCGCUGCAACAGCUGCGACCUGGCGGUGGGAAAGUUGUCCGGGCUUCGCUGCCGCGCUAAGGCAAAUUGCUGCAGCUCCGUUAUCAUCCCGUUUUGAAAUGUCUUGGUGAAUGGGCGUUCUGCUGCGCUGUGCCUCGCAGGUGAAGAGUGAAGGCCCCAAGCUAGUGCCCUUCUUUAAAGCCACUUGUGUCUAUUUUGUCCUCUGGUUGCCAACUUCCAGCCCCUCCUGGUUCAGCGCCCUCAUCAAAUGUCUGCCCAUCUUCUGCCUGUGGGUUUUCCUCCUGGCUCAUGGAAUUAACUUCCUAGUGUCGCACCGGAGCGCCAGCCGCAUCCUAGCAGGACUCAUAUUCUCAGCAGUGGGAGAUGCCUUUCUCAUCUGGCAGGAGCAGGGCUACUUCAUUCAUGGUCUGCUGAUGUUCGCCAUCACACACAUCCUGUACUCUUCAGCCUUCGGCAUGAAGCCUUUGGACCUCAAAGCCGGCUUGUUGAUGGGCCUUGUUUGCAGCUCCUGUUAUGCCUUCCUGUACUCCUACCUCUCAGGCCCAUUCACCUACCUGGUAGCUGUCUACAUCGCCUUGAUUGGCUUCAUGGGCUGGCGAGCAGUUGCUGGCAUGCAGCUGUGCAACGACCUCUGGACAUGGACCAAGCUCUCGGCCUGCAUCGGUGCGAUGCUGUUCAUGGUGUCGGAUCUGACCAUUGCACUUAACAAGUUCUGCUUUCCUGUGCCCUACUCACGCUUCAUCAUCAUGGCUACUUACUAUGCAGCCCAGAUGCUUAUUGCACUGUCAGCUGUAGAGAGCAGAGAUGAAGAGGACUUCAGAAAGAGAAGCUAGGUGGAGUGCCAAUAGUCUGUGAACAAUGUGGGUUAUAUCUCAGGUGCUGUAGCUGCAUUCACCCCUGAGAGAGAUCUCCAUUUCUCUAGGCACAUUGGUGAUGUUGAUUUUGCUUCUUUGAAGCAUUACCUUUGGGGCUUUUUUUUUCCCUCCCCCCAAUGGCUUUCUCUGAAUACAGCUUACUUCAGUGUGGAGCCCACAUCAGGAAGCUUAGACUGUCCCUGCAGUAGUUACUCAUUCGACUUUUCCUCCUUGGAAGUGCUGUACUACUGCAUUUUACUUGUUAGUCUCAAAACUGAUGCUGAAUGUCUAGGGAGAGAAGAGCUGACAGAAAGGAGGUUGUCCAUGCACUGUGCUAGAGGACUUGUUUUCAACAGUAGGCAGGCAGGCAGAGAUCUCUGCUGAAGUCAUUGGUAAAAAUCAAUUUAACCAAUGUUUGUCUCCUUUUUUUUUGCAUUACAAACUCAGUACACAAACUGGAGCUCUUGCCUCUGCUGAAAGAAAUCUGGAGGUAGAGCAAACCCAGCAUAUCCAGAUGAGGGAUAAGCUUUGGAGUCAACAGCAGCAUGUGGGGCAGCCCCAGCAGAACCAGGAUGAAAGUAAAACACCAAGCAGAGAGCACAGGGCAAGAGGUGUGCUGACAUGCAGUGCUGUGUGCUUUGAUCGAGGCUGAACGCCGCUCCAGGGCAGGUCUGUAGGUGCAGGGCUUCCGCGUGUGGUGGAGUCUGGUGGGAUUGUAGGCAUCUAGGUAGCCAGGGCAGUGUGUUCUCCUCCACCAUGUGUACUGAGAGGUACAAGGUGUCUGCAGCCACCAGUGACAGCUGAGAUGUAAUGGGCACGUGAAGAACCUUGAUUUUUACAGGAGGACUCAGGAAUCUGUCUCUCCCAAAUGUAUGUCCUGAUUGCCCUUAGCAUGGCAGGCAGGAGUCUGACCUUGAAGCUUUUCUUCUCUGGUAUCCUAACAAAUAAUAUUCCAUCCACUCUUCAAGCUGUGGAAUGCUGCUGCUUGCAGUGUCUCUCUCGACUCUUCGUGUGAGCAUCUCCUGUGCUCAAGGCCCUGAUUUUGGAUGUAGGUCAUUAUUUUUUCCCCAUCUGGUGGCAAAUGAUGGGCUCUGCACCACUUCUUUUUGGACAAAGCCCUUUUCAGCAGAGCUCCCUGCAAAGCACUGUCCUGUGCACCCUAAGUGCCUGCUGCUUCCCUCUCAGACUGAGGUGGACGCAGUGAGAACGCGCGUCAGGGCUAGGAAAGCCUGGUUAGUUCUGAUUGU